AUCACAAGGUUUCUUCCUCUAUUUAUGACAAAUUUCCACUGCGAUCGUCAACUGUUAGCAUUUAUCGUUAAGACUAACAUUUCAAUUUCAUUUUUGUUUUCAGUGGAGUACGGAUGAGCAUCAGAAUGUUGAUUCACUCAGUCAUCAAAACCCGAAGCUUCAUCGCAGACUGAGUCUGAUCUGAGCUGAGACACAGUGAAAAAUCACUUCUUGUUUUAUUGAUUGUUUUGGUUGGUUGGUGGUUGAUCAACUUGCUGACUUCUCUAAGUGUGUACGGCCGGAGUGACUUGUUGUAGAGUUUUAAAAUGGAGCCUAAUGUGGACAAGCCAGAAGAUACUGACAUGGAGGCCACGAGUUCAGAGGUCUCAGGUCUCAAAGAAGAACUUGCUGAGACAAAGGAAAAGCUGGCAACAGUUCAGGAGGAACUUGCUGUUUCUGAGGAGUCCAGAAACAAUGCUCAUUCUGCAGGUGGAAACAUUGAGUCAGAAUUACUUGAAGUCCGCGGAACUCUGAAGAAAUCUGUGAAGGAUGUCAGUUGUCAGAUAGACCCAAUAAUUGAUAUGACAACAUCGGACGUAACCUCGACAGAUAGAGUCGUCCCAUCAGAUUGGGUCAUGGAAGAACAAACAGCUGGUACGUCAUCUCAGUCUGUAGCUGAUAGUGUAAAGGCUGCCGCUGAGGCUGCUGUUAAUAGGAGUGGCUUUGUCUUGGAUACAACGUCCGGCAUGUACUAUGAUUGCAACUCCGGUUACUACUACGAUCAGGUGAACAAACUAUAUUACGAUCCCAACUCUGGAAUUUACUACUACUUCGAUGAAAGGUCUUCCUCGUACCAGUUCCAUUCUCAAGUGGAACUCCCAGCAUCCUAUGGGGCAAGACAGAAGCAUUCUGGGAAGGGUCGGGGUCGAGGUUUCGAGAAGAAGACCGGGAAAAGACGAGUGGAGGAGACAAGAGAGGUAAGGGUAAGGAUUAGGAAAGACAGCGCUUAUGAUGAAGACUGUGAAAUUGUCGAGAUGGAACAGGAUACCAGACAAGGACAGAAACAGAAACGCAGAAGGACUGGCUUGUUGAUCGACCUCGGCAGGAGUCCCGAAGAAAACGAGCGCGUCAAAUCUCGAAGAGAUCGACGCGAGGUUAAACUGAGGAAGAAGCAUCGCUCUCAUAGUCAAGAAGAAGUGCGUGGUGAUGUUGAAGUGGUCAAAAGUCGACACGGUCAUAACAGGAGAAAGCAGUCUAGAGAAAGAAGACGGAAACAGCGACUCGAGGGACAUUCAAGAAAGAAAGCUAAGAAGUCGGAAGGUAAACGGCGGAGGAGUAAGGAGGAUGACCAUAGUUACCAUCGCACGCAGAAUGAGCUCGUGGUGACGGAGGUGCUGUCUGAGGGUGAGAUUGGAGUGGACGAAGGACCUGAUGAAGAGGUUGAAAGUAACAGCCAAGUGAGACCUGAACAAGAAGAUGAUCAACUUCAUUCUAAGAAGGAUCAGAGACCCUUGGAAAAUGAGAAAGUUAAGAAGGCAACUCAGAAAGACGCCCAAACCAGUCCCGAAACAGGAAGGGGUAGCUCCGAAGGAUCAACCGCCAAAGAUGACUCGCAGAGUGGGAAGAGGUUAAGACGGACCGAGGACAAAGGUCAACAGGCCAAAAUGUCAGGGAAGCGGGGGAAGUGGAACCUGCGACAGAACGAACUUGAAAUUGGGAGCAAAGGCGACAAAGCAGAGGACAAUUCCUACGAGGAGAUCGGUGAAGAUGUUAUGAUUAUUGAGGAGGACGGAGAGGAAUUUAUCGUCUUAAGUUCGGACGAAUUGGAAGAAGGAGAGUUGUCGGAGAGCGAGUCGUCUGGGUCAGACUUCAGCGAUACCAGCUCUUACGAAUCUGACAGCGAUAUAUCGGAUGACGAGUUAGAAGAAAUAGAUUUGGAUUCUGAUAAUUCAACUGGAAUAGAAGUUUUGAAGGUGGACUACCCGCCGUGUAUUCGGAUGAUUGUGACCAAGUCGGAUACCAUCAAACCACUGGGAUCGCUCUUCAUUGUUACAUGUUCAGGUGGAACAAUUGGAAGGGGCAGCAGUCACAUUUUGCUAAUUCCGAGUGUGAAGGUGAGCAAGCGUCAUGCUCAGAUUGUGUACGAGUCCGAAGAACGACAGUACACCAUCAAAGAUCUUGGCAGUCAGAAUGGAACGAUAAUCAAUGGCAAGGCAAUAUCAGAGCAACGUGUGGUGAGUGAACCACAUCCGUUAUCUCAUCGUGACUACAUCACCAUUGGAGGUACUACGAUUAGACUCCACAUCCACGCUGGGGACGAAACGUGUGAUGAAUGUGAACCGGGACAGGUGCAAGCAUUGAUUGCAAUCCAGCAACAGAAUGAACCAGGGACUGCAUCAUCGAGCACUAAGCAAGACAAGGAACAACAGCGCAAGAAGGAGCUUCGGCAACUCAAGAAGAAAUUCAACCUAACUAAGGACGACUUUGUGAAUAAGGAUCCGUCCUUGAUGAACUCUGCAUACGCUGAUCGAGCGGGUGACAGACGUCGUACAGUAGGAAGCGAUAACCCGUAUCAACCGCAUGAUGAGCCUGCUUCAGUAGAUAGAGCGAUAAGUUCCACUAAUCUUGGUCAUAAGUUGCUGUCAAAGAUGGGUUGGUCAGAGGGUCAGUCGCUUGGCAAGAACGACCAAGGAAUCAAAGAACCGAUUAAAGCAAUGGUCCACACUAAGAAUGCGGGUCUCGGUGCCGGCAUGGUGCAGAGUCUCGAUCAAGUGCCGUUUAUCAGACGCAGAAAUAACGAGAAAUGGGAUCGAGCACGAAAGCGUUAUAAUCUCGUCAAUCCGCCGGGGUCUUUCAUAACCAAGGCAGGGCGGCACAGCAAGCGCCGCCGGCCUGGGUACAAGGUGGAGCAGACAAGUUGA